UGCUGAAUUGAUGCAUUUUAAUGUGUAGGAUCCUGAUUUGGUUGUUGAUCCAAUCAUUAAUAACAGUACUUCUCAGCAGUCAAGGCCAUCAGUGCCACCAUCACAAUCUUCAUCGGCUUCUACGCAGAAUAAUCAUUCCCACUCACAGGAUUCUGGUUCUACGGGUAGGACAUCAGGGGCGUCCACAGCUCACCCUCCGAAUUCUAUGUCAUUGCGUUGGGAUCAGCAAACCAUUCAAUUUUCUCUCAAUGCUUGGGUAUGCUAAAUUCUGUUUUGUUAUUGGGAUUGAUGCAUGCAAAAGUAUUUUGGGGAAGAUAGUCCAACAGAAAUCGUGUCGUCAAGAUCUAUCUAGCUGUAAAUAUCUUUGGAUUUCCUCCAUCAAGCAAUUACUAUUGUUAGCUCGUUCCACAACAUUACCUAUAUCAGAUAUCAAUGACAUGUUGUGUGAUACAGGUUGCGACUAAUAUCUUUCUUUCUUGGCCAUGUAUUUGAUGUUUAUUGGUUAAUUUGUGCACCUGUAGCUGAGGUGUCUCCAGAUUUUUUGCUCAACAUGAACAUUCUUAGAAUAUGCACCAAAACUUAUAUUCUAUUUUUAAUUUGAUUAGUUUUAUUCAUCCGGCUUGGGAUGAUUCAUAAUCCUCUAUAUGAGGGGAAUUUUGGUUGGUGUUUAUAUUUGGCUGUUCAAAAAAACUGCUAAGCUUGCUGAGCAUUUUUCUAAUCAUCGCUUCCUUCAGAAUGUACGGGGAUCCCAUAAUUGCCUCACAGCUUCUUCAUUCCAGGUUGAAUGGUAUUUGAGAGAGAUCUAGAGUCAUGGAAUCGACGUUGCUUGCAUCUUUAUUGUUGAGGAGUGCUGAGUGUGCCUGUUUGUUUGAAUUCGAAAUUAAACAUGAGACUGGUAUUGUUCAUUUGUGGUUGAGUUAGGAAAGCUUGCGACCCUUGCUUCUUUUGUUGGAAGUUACAACUCUAUUAUUUUUAAAUUUCUUUUCUCCUUUUGGGUCUAGGAAAUGUGGCUUUUGCUGAGCUGGUGUGAUUUACCGCUGCUUAGUAGCUUUUUUU